AUGAAAGGGAAUCCAGGCCCAUCAGGUGCUGGUUGUGUGGCGAGGAAUCACCAAGGUCAAAUUAUUGCUAGAUGCAGCCAACGAUUAGGAGCGGGUACAAAUAAUGAAGCAGAAGUAAACACCACUUUCCUGGCGGUCCCAAUGGUGAGAAAGUUGGGAGUGGUGAAUCUCCACCUUGAGGGAGAUUCACAAAUUAUAGUGCACGCUAUAUUAAAACGAGGAGCUGAUGAUUGGAAAAUUGAUAAAGUUAUUCAAAGUAUCAAACGCCUACUUUCUACCUUCCAGAGAUUCAAAUUGUCGCAUGUGCUAAGGGAAGGUAACUGGGAAGUAGACUUGCAAGCCAACAUGGCUUUCGACCUACAAAUAGGUGAAAUCAAGUGGUUCGAUGGGCUACUUGAUGCUCGCAGUGUAGGGGGAAUUAUGUAA